AUGAAUAUCCUCUUAACAAUCACAGAGUUGUGCUUGACUGAAUACCCGGUGGUGGAGAACGCGAUGGUGACAUACAAGGAAUGGAACGGAAAAUACCCAGCGCCCAGUGGUGCACUCGUAGUCUUCACCUGUGUGCAGGGAUUCACAGAUGGGAAGAGGGAGCAUUGGACACUCUGCAGUUCCUCUCCGGACACGUGGUGCACCUCCUUCAUCGAUAACAAAGUGAAAUGUCCAAAGGCGGUGUACCCUGAGUGCCGGAAGACAGUGAAAGGGAAGGAGUACAUGGGGAGGAUGAAUAAGACCGAGACUGGAAAGGACUGCCUGCGAUGGGAUUCCAAGCCAUACGAUAAACCCAAUGAUUUUGAGAUAGCUAUCUCGAAUCCUGCCAUGAAGGAAAGACCUUGGUGUUUCGUCUCGGACCGAAAUAUCCAAUGGGAGUAUUGCGACAUCCCUUUUUGUGAGGACAAAGACGAGGUGCACCUCCCAUCAAAAGGGUGGCAAUUUUUGCGAGGUGAGGUUGAACGCGAAGAAGAAAUGUUGAAGGAGGUCCCAAAGGACGGCGAUGAGCCUGUUGUUGCUGGUAAAAAACGGUUGGUGCUGGCGCAAAAACACCGUUUGCCACUGCAGUUGCGGUGCGAAGUGCCCAAAUCGGUGCUAGCCGCAAUUGCUAGAAUAAGUGACGAACAGGAAGCAGAUGUGGGUAGGACCGCUCAGACCGGUGAACAGCAAGAGGCAGCGAAAGCUGAGCUCCGGAAUAAGAGAGCGGUGCAGCUUCCUGAGCAACUUGAUGCAAGGAACGCAGCACUCAAGUGUCGAAAGCCGGGGGGCGGCCGGGAAUUGAACCCGGUCCUGCUUGCCGGUCUGGUGUGCUACUAUUACACCACGGAAUUCGGGACAUUUUGUCAGGCCACUCCAUGUCAUCUCAAAUCAUUACCGUCGUUUGCGGAGCGAGCACUGUCAGGCUGUACAUUUUGA